CUCUAUUUGAUCACACUGGGAGCUAAAUAGAGCAAGAAAAGAAUCAAAAAAAAACCCAAAGAUUAGAGUAAAUUGCGGUUAAUUUUAUAGUACUAGUAAUAUUAAUAAUAAUAGACUGAUAAUAAUAAUUAUUAUAUUAAUUAAUUAAAGUAAAACAAAAAUGAUUGAGAAAUUUUGGGACGAGGUUAUGGCCGGACCACACCCGGAGGAGACCGGCGGCGGCGGCCGCCUUGAGAAGCUGCGGAAGAACCUUUCAAUCCAGACAAAUAGUGGUGUGGAUGAAGGGUCGUCGAGCAGCAAGAACCUGGCGUCGCCGGCUGCGGCGGUGCCGGUGAGCCCCACAACUCCAUCUCCGACGGCGGCGCGUAAGGAGAACGUGUGGAGGAGCGUGUUCCACCCCGGCAGUAACCUGGCCACUCGCAGAAUCGGCGCCGAAGUGUUUGACAAGCCUGCUCACCCCAACUCCCCCACUGUUUAUGACUGGAUGUAUAGUGGAGAAACGAGAUCCAAGCACCGCUGAAGAAAUUAAUCCGAUUGUGUGUUUAAUUACUUAUGUUGUCAUUUGCUUAUGUUUAGAAUAUUGUGUGUUUAAUUAUUAUGUAUAAUUACUAAUGUUGUCAUUUGCUUAUCUUUAAUUAUGUAUGAUUACUAAUGUUGUCAUUUGCUUAUCUUUAGAUUGCGUGUUUGUAUAUUUAUUUCCUAUUUUUGUACUUGUGCUUUAUUAAUUAAUCUACCCUCAAGUG